UAAUGCAUAAGCCGAGAAGAAAUGUGAUUCCUCAACGAGAGACUCCAAAAGAAUCAAGUAUAAAACCACAAUCAAUAUUUGAACCCAAAAAAUGCAAAGAGGAUAUCCUGCAGAGUCGGAGGAUACAAUUGCGACGAUGUGCCAAUAAUGACGAUGUUUCAAUAACUCCACCUUCAGAAGGGGUUACCACUCUAAAUGCACAUGAUGUAGACCAACCUACUAGGCCUCAGAUCAAUGAUGCAGUUGCUUCGUUGAGACCAGUCCCUGGGAAUGCUCAAGGGGAAGUACAGAGGAAGGUUCAUUUUUCUAGAAAUGACAUUGCCACAUCUCGUGGGGCUGAUGAUCAAAUGGCUACCGGAACAGGUGAUUUGUUGUCUCAUAUGGAUUCACUUGCAUUGACAGAAACAGAGACGGGUAUGGGUAAUCAAGUGGAUGCUUCAGCUGCUGUCAAUCAGGACUGGAGAAACCAUAAUUUUCAAAGCAUAGAAAUGGAAAACAGUCUUAGGUCUGAGGGAGGUAUUUCUUCUAUAUUGACUGGAGGGACAAUAGGUGUUCGUGAUCAGCUCCAUCAGUUUGGAAACUUUUUACAUAAUGAUUUAAAUAAUGCCAUCACACAGUCUUCAGUGAUCGGAUCAUCUUGUGUUACUUCAACGCUGAUGAACUCAAGCUCUUCUCCUAUGAUUAGUUCAACAACUUAUUGCUCGCAAUCUCAAGCAGGCAGUGCUCAGUUGGGCACUGGGCCAGCUGAAGAAGCUGAAGGUCAAAUGGACGUUGUGCAGCCAUCAUGUUCUUUAUCCAAGAACUCUGGUGGAGAAUCAGCUCCUCAAUCAGCCGUGACCUCACAAGCUAUCAGCUCUGCUCUUGCAACAGCAAUGGAAGUCAAUAAAUCAUCUGGUUCAUGUAAGGAGUUACACACUAGUUUGCCACAUGAUUAUAGUAUUGCUAAAGAUUCUGCACAAUUGGACAACAGCUAUCCAGUCAAAGGAGAUAUUCCCAAUGUAAAAUCUCAACAUCAACCAUCAGAUGUUCCUCUAUCAGAUAAAAAAUUGGAAAAUUCUAAGUCAGAGAAACCAGGAAGAGAGGCUACUGGUAAAGCAACAUCAACUUCUCGUAAGAAGGGUUAUGAUCCUGACUUAUUUUUCAAAGUUAAUGGAAAGCUCUAUCAAAGACUUGGCAAGAUAGGUAGUGGUGGAAGUAGUGAGGUCCACAAAGUUAUAUCAUCCGAUAGCACAAUUUAUGCCUUGAAGAGGAUAAAACUUAAAGGCCGUGACUAUGCCACUGCAUUUGGAUUCUGCCAAGAGAUAGAGUACCUAACCAUACUGAGGGGAAAGAACAACAUCAUUCAGCUGAUUGAUUAUGAGGUGACAGAUAAGACUUUACUCAGGGAAGUGAUGCAUGGUUCAAUAAGCAAUAAGGAAGCCAGGGUUAGAGAUGAUGGGUUUAUAUACAUGGUACUUGAGUAUGGAGAAAUUGAUUUAGCCCACAUGCUAGCUCAAAAAUGGAAGGAACUGGAUGGUUCUAAUGCAACUAUAGAUGAGAACUGGCUCCGAUUUUAUUGGCAGCAAAUACUUCAAGCAGUAAACACUAUUCAUGAGGAGCGUAUCGUGCAUUCUGAUCUGAAGCCAGCUAAUUUUCUUCUGGUGAGAGGUUUCCUGAAGCUAAUAGAUUUUGGGAUUGCCAAGGCUAUAAUGAGUGACACGACAAACAUUCAACGGGACUCGCAGGUCGGGACUCUAAGUUACAUGUCUCCAGAAGCAUAUAUGUGUAAUGAGACAGAUGCUAACGGAAACACAAUAAAAUGUGGCCGUUCUUCUGAUAUCUGGUCCCUUGGUUGCAUCCUCUACCAAAUGGUCUAUGGAUGAACACCUUUUGCAAAAUACGAAACUUUCUGGGCAAAAUUCAAAGUCAUUACUAAUCCGAAUCAUGAGAUCAUAUAUGAACCUCUCCCCAACCCAUGGCUUCUGGAUCUCUUGAAGAAAUGUCUUGCUUGGGACCGGAAUGAGCGUUGGAGGAUUCCUCAACUACUCCAACACCCUUUUCUCGUUCCUCCUGUUCCACCUAAAUCACCUAGCCCUCCUGACCAACUUUGUACAUUGCUUCAACUAAUUGCCGAAUCAACCGCAGACGAUCAAAAGGGUGCGCUGCUAUGCUCUCAACUUCACGGCAUGCUAACGGGCCCAAGAGCGUCUGUAUCAAGGGACCAGUUGCGCAAGUUUUUGCAAAUCCUCAACCGUUUGCUUUGAGCUCUGGGAACAGUUAGCUAGCUCGCGAAGAAACUUGAAGACCAGAUCAAUGCUUCAUUUUCUUGAAAAGAUUUAGAGUUGUUUAUUUCUGUGACAAUCUUAUUGUGGUUUAGGUUCCCUUGUUAAGCUUUAUUCAUUUGUGGAAAGAGUUGGCCUUGUAAUAUACAGAUAGAUAUGUGUAGAAUAUUUGGCAGUACUAAGAAAUGCCACCAUCUUCACAAACAUCCUUUCAUGUUGUAGCUACAGCUGUAAUAGCAUAUUUUGUUGGAUUCAGCUUUUGAAGCAAAAUUUUCUGAACCUAUUUGAACUGAUCAACUUUAUCA